AUGGCGGCUGAGCAACUGCGAGUGGGUUGCCCUGGUCACGAGUCUGCUAGUGGUCUCCUACUCCAAGACGUUCCUCCGACCACCGGCUCUGGUGCAAUACUUUGUGACGUCUCAACACCCUUUCAUCGCCCUUUCGUGCCCGCCUCGAUGCGUCGAGCUGUAUUUCAAACUCUGCAUUCACUCUCACAUCCUGGGAUCCGAGUCUCCCAAAAGCUACUUGCGAAAAGUUUUGUCUGGCCUGGCAUGAACAAGUACGUCAAAGGUUGGACUCAGUCGUGUCUGAGCUGCCAGCGCAACAAGAUGCAGCGUCACAACAAGUCACCACCAGGCACUUUCCCCAGUACCGACGCCCGAUUCUGCCAUGUGCACAUGGAUGUCGUAGGCCCUUUGCCUCCAUCCAAUCGUUUCACCCACCUCCUUACCUGCGUCGAUCGAUAUAUUCGUUGGGCUGAAGCUAUUCCUUUGUCGAAUGUUCAGGCUGAAACCAUCGUGAAGGCCUUCGCCAGUCGUUGCGUCGCCAUGUUCGGUACCCCAUCCACGGUUACGAUUUGUUGUGGUGCCCAGUUUGAUUCGACAUUCUUUCAAACGCUAUUCCAUUUCCUUGGCUGCACACGCAUUCGACGACAGCCUACCACCCAGCUACCAACGGUACGGUGGACCGUUUACAUCGCCAGCUAA